UGUGCUUCUGGCGCCAUCGCUCGCAGCCAACUAGACUUACUUGAAGUGGCUUCCGAAGUUGGCUCGGAUUGGCCAAAACUGGCUGAUUUAUUACUGAAUGAGAUAGAUACGAGCCGACUGAAGCCGAAUGCUGAGAGCCUUGCUGAUUGGUUGUCUUUAAACAGCGCUUACUGGAUUCAAAACAUUGAGGCUCCUAGUUCAACUAGAAAUCUGGAUCAUCUUACUUCAUCUGACCUGAAGACUGACCGAGAUCGGGCUCUUGCCAUUUUGAUGGCUUGGCGAGCCUUUAAGGGAACUGAAGCGACGGGUAAAUAG